CUGCACCCGCACUCACUUACUACUCACUCACAUUGUUCGUCACAGUGACUGUUCUCAGUCUGCACCACCAUCUAAGACCACUUCAUCCAACACCAGUAUCGGUUUCACGCGAUAUCUGGUCACAGGUGGCACGAUGUUGAAUGUAGUGCAGUGUCUGGCAUCUCCAUCUCAUCUCUCCCCUUCUCAAACACCCUAAAAUGCCCUUCCACGAUCUAAACCUCUUGUACACAUCCAAUCAUGACGAGCUACACAAUACACUUGCCUUUGAAGCCGAGCUGGGCUACACCAUUGUCGCUCUAUCUCUCUCCGUAACCGGAAAACUCCCAUCAACGCCACAACUCCUCCCAAUAUCGUCCCUCACAGUCCCCAAAUCCAUCACCAAACUCCUCUCACGCAUCACCAUCACCAUCAGCGAUGCCACUCAGAACCACCGCCUAUCUUCAUUACUCCCUCACUAUGACUUAGUCGCUCUCCGACCAACAAACGAAAAAGCGCUUCAACUAUGCUGCGGCAGUCUCGAAUGUGAUCUCAUCUCCAUCGAUUUCUCUCAACGUUUACCCUUCAUUCUCAAAUUCAAGACCGUCGCUUCUGCUCUUCAACGAGGCAUUCGAUUCGAAAUCUGCUAUUCCCCUGGUAUAGGUGGUGGUUCAGGUGGCCCUGGUAGUGAUGCAAGGAGGAAUCUCAUCAGCGGAGCCACGGCGUUGAUCCGAGCCACUAGAGGAAGAGGUAUCAUUCUCAGCAGUGAGGCCAGAAAUGCUCUGAGACUGAGAGGUCCAUAUGAUGUCACGAAUCUGGCUCAGCUGUGGGGAUUGGGUCAGGAGAGGGGGAAGGAAGCUAUAUGUGAAGAAGCGAAUAAGGUGGUUCGUCUGGCGAAGAUAAAGAGGACGAGUUUUCGAGGCGUGGUUGAUAUUGUUGAUGGGGGAAGACGAGAGGAGAAGCCGCAGUCUAAGAAUGUCGCUGCGAGUUCCCAGAUACCUGCUUGGGGUACAUCUGGCGGUAUGAAUACCACAUCUGAUCGACGAGACGGUCAAAAGGGACCAGCACCUGCUGCCUCCUCAGGCGGGACUAAUGGUGUUAAGAGAAAGGCGUCUGUCUCGCUCCCUACGCCGAUGACUUCAGUCACAGUCCAAGACGAGGGAGAUGACAAGCCCAUUUCUAAGCGUGAACAGAAACGUCGCGCAAAGAGGGCCAAGUUGGAAUCUAGGGAGAGUGCAAAGGCUGGCAAGGCAGAGAAGGUAGAUGGAGCAUGAUCGAUAUUCAGCGUUACAUUCAAGACAGUUACAACUGUUCUUGACUUUGGGGUGGCACCCGCCCAGGCACUGCCAUCUUGUUUUUGCAGAAACCUCUGUCCCACCAAUUCAACUACAUGCAAGCUUGCACAUCGUAAGGGAAAUGGAAAACGUUUUUUUGAAAAAAAGGUGGGCACA